AUGUUCGUUUCACCGUGCGCGUGCCUGCUGGCUCUCGGCCUGUCCUCCCUUGCUUCGACCGCAAAACUGCCCCAAGAAACUCUCCAAGCCGAGGCGGAGUCGGAGCUCUCGCUUUUGCUCACAGACCAUCUUAUCGGCUUGCACAAGAAGUUGGUCGAGAUCGAGUCCAUUUCAGGGAACGAGAAAGCCAUCGGAGAUUGGCUGUCGGAUAGCUUGGUUUCGCAAGGCUACCAUGCCGAGAAGCAGUAUCUAUCCAAGCAUCCCGAGCGAUUCAAUGUCUACGCAUGGCCCGGCCAUAACAGAGAUGCUCCAGUAGUGCUCAGUAGCCACAUCGAUACCGUCCCACCGUUCUUGCCUUACAAGUACCACGAGAAUGAUGGCAAUGCCACCAUCUUGGGACGUGGGACCGUGGACGACAAGGCCUCCGUUGCCGCGCAGGUCAUCGCGGUCAACAACCUCAUCAAUGCCAAGAAAAUCAGUGCCGACGAUGUGGCCUUGCUCUUCGUUGUCGGCGAAGAAGUAGGCGGCGAUGGCAUGCGUAAAGCAAAUGAUCUCGGUCUCACGCCCAAAGCCAUCAUUUUCGGUGAGCCGACAGAGGGAAAGCUGGUGUCUGGCCACAAGGGUGUCAUGCAGCUGCUUCUCACGGCCAAGGGAAAGAACGGUCACAGCGGCUAUCCUUGGCUUGGCAGAAGCGCCAACGAGAUUCUUGUCAGCGCACUUUCCGCAAUUAUGCAACUUCCGGAGAAGCUGCCUCAAAGCGACAAGUAUGGACAGACGACCUUCAAUAUCGGGCGCAUGGAAGGUGGCGUUGCUGGGAAUGUCAUCGCCGAGUCGGCAACAGCUUCCAUCACUAUCCGCGUCGCAGCGGGCGACCCGAAAGAUCUCGAGAAGACUAUUACCGAAGCCGUGCAUCACUCUGUUCGGGGCUUCCUGGAGCAUCACUUGGAGCCGGAAGAUGUCAUUGACGUCGACUUUGCUACGAGAGGAUAUGGGCCAGUGGACAUCGACGCUGAUGUUCCAGGCUUUGACGUCUUUACUGUCAACUAUGGUACGGACAUCCCAAACUGGGACCAGACCGACAAGCAUCAAAAGCGCUACCUGUACGGCCCCGGCACCAUCUUUGUGGCACACAGCGACCACGAGGAGAUCACAGUGAAGGACCUUGAGACUGCCGUGGACGACUACCAGAGAAUAGUACUUCAUGUACUCGGCAAGUCGGACAACGCCAAGCAGGAUUUGUAG